AUGAGCAAGAAGGCAGUUUUCUGUGCUCACACUCAGAGCAUUGCUUAUGUCACCAACAUAUUAGCUUGUUUGAGAGGAUGUCACCUGGGUAAAAUUGUUUAUCCAACUAUUAACAAUUUAAGAUCAUCAAGUAAUCUGUCCUGCUGUUUGCUGCGUGCGCAGCAAAAUAACUGUCAUGAGCACUUUAAAUGGAACAGAAAAUUUGGAUUAAAAGGACAUUAUUUUGCUUGUAGAGACUUGCCACAAACACCAGUAUUGUAUAUUGGGAGGUCCUCCUCAGAAAUCUUACUCAGACCAACUUUGAUCACAAUGAAGUUAGAAAGCCCAGAGUUUCGGUCCAUUUUCACCCCAGAGCUUCAACUUCUCAUAGACCUGUUUAGAAAAUAUGACUAUGAACUGCGCAUUGCUGGUGGAGCUGUCAGAGAUUUACUGGUUGGAAAAAUUCCCUCUGACAUUGAUUUUGCAACCACAGCAACACCAGAUCAAAUGAAAGAAAUGUUCACAACAGAAAAUAUUAGGAUGCUAAAUGCAAAUGGAGAGGCUCAUGGAACUGUAACAGUUCGCAUCAAUGACAAGACAAAUUUUGAAGUAACAACUUUAAGAAUUGAUGUAGUAACAGAUGGUAGAAGAGCUCAGGUUGAGUUUACCAAAGACUGGAUUUUGGAUUCAAAUAGACGGGAUCUUACAGUCAAUUCAAUGUUUCUUGGUUUUGAUGGAACAGUUUAUGAUUAUUUCAAUGGUCUUGAAGAUUUAAAAGAAAAGCGAAUUCGUUUUGUUGGAAGUCCAGAACAAAGAAUUCAGGAGGAUUAUCUCAGAAUUUUGAGAUACUUCAGGUUUUAUGGAAAGCUAGCUGAUAGUCCACAUGCACAUGAUCAGGCAACUCUUGCAGCCAUUAAGGACAACGCUGGAGGAUUAGCUCGUGUUUCCGGUGAACGCAUUUGGUUGGAGUUGAAGAAGAUACUAACUGGCAGAUUGACAGCACCACUAUUCAAACAGAUGAUUGAUGUUGGGCUUGGUCAGUUCAUAGGUCUGCCUAGAGCUCAUAAUUUUGAGGAACUCCACAAAGUGUGUGACAGAACAGCAGCUAUUCCUUAUCAUCACAUGACAAGAUUGACCGCUUUAUUAGAAGAUGAAACAGAUGUGUAUAAGUGUCAUGAGAGAAACAAAAUAUCAAAUGAUGAGCUUUCGCUGGCCUUGUUUAUAGUACAUCACAGGAAUGACAGGAUGGGUGAGAAUCUGCUGAGUUACUGCACUAAACUGCACUUGGACUGGUCUGUGAAAGAGACCAAAGUUCUAAAUAAAAUUGUGGAGCUAAUGAAGUACUGUGGUCAUAUGGAAGUAGCUGAAGAGUUUCCUAAAUUGAAAUUACCUAUAUUUCCUAUUACUGGCCAUGACUUGACCCAGAAUGAGGUGCCAAGAGGUCCAAAGUUUGCAUGGACACUUAAUGAACUGCGGAAAAUAUGGCAGGAAAGUGAAUACAAAUUAACCACAGAAGAGCUUGUUAAGCAUAUACCCUCUUUGUUAGAGAAUGCACCUGAAAAUGUGAAGAAAAUGAGAAAAAAAUGA